AUGUCAAGUUUGGUUAUUCGCAUCUUGGAAUCGUACCCUGAUCUUGCUGACAAACAUGACGAAAACGGUAUGACUGCUUUGAAUUUGUUGGCCACAAUGCCAACUUCUUUCAAAAGCAAGUCAUCAUAUGUGUUGAAUGAUCUGAACAGGACAUCCUUCAUUCCUUUGCAGAUGCUUGAAGCUGUGGUCUACAAGUUUAUAAAAACAAGGAUUGACGAGAGAGUUUCGGAGUCACAAGUGGCUGGUAAUGUUGAGGAUCCACCAGCUGAUAACAAAGUUGGUAUCUCAAUGUUAGAAAUGCCAUCUUUCAUCAGAGUUAUCAUAGGUCACUGGUUUUUUGGAAAAAUUUAUGAUGCAAAGGAAAAGCAUGAAGUUGUGCUAAAGCUGGCACAUAAAUUGAUAGACAAAGAAGAUUGGAGUCAUUACAUUAAGUACGAAAGUAUAGAUACCGAAGUCAGCUCAUUUGGGAUUUCUUCAAGGAAGAAGAAUAAGGUACCCGACCCGCUCAUACAAGCAACAACAUUUGGCAUUUUUGAGUUGGUAAUAGCGAUCCUCCAAAAAUAUCCCCAGGCUGCAGACUCCUUCGACGAGAAUGGAAGGAAUAUAUUGCAUAUAUCGGUGGAGCAGAAACAUAGAUUUCUUUAUGAAUACUUGAUGAAUUCUUUAGCUUACAAAGAUAGGAUGUUGGCAGAUAUUGAUAACCGAGGGAACACCAUCUUGCACCUCGCAUCGUGUGUCCAAAAUCCUGCUACUUCUCAGCGUAGAAUCAUAGACGUUGCUAAUCAAUGGAGAGUCAAUUAUCAUGUCGGAACGAAGCAGGGAAGUAUCCCAUUGAUAAACCAGAUGAGUAGGGAUGUGCUUUGGUUCAAGCAAGUAAAGCAUGACACUUAUCCACACUUGACGCAUGUUCGAAACAUGGAUGGAAUGACAGCAGAGGAACUAUUUGAAGAAAAUUACUCAUCUGUUCGAGAAGAAGCACAGAAAGCAGCAAAGGAGGUGAGUGGUAACUUCAUAAUCGUCUCCAUCCUCAUCGCAACACUUAACUUCGCGGCACUUUUCACCGUCCCCGGUGGCUUCGAUCAGAAUACCGGGGACCCCAUGCUCCUCUCUAGUCAUCGACAGGAAAUGCAGUUCUUCAUGAUUUACGUAUGGUUAUCUGUGGUAUCCGCCUUGUUCUCCUUGGCAAACCUCCUGCUAAUCCAAGUAUCGCGGUUCAACACCAAUGAUUUUCUCAUUGCAGUUCCAACAAAAUUCAUAUUAUCCUCCCUCGCCAUUAUGUACUCCACGGGCUUGUCCGUCACCGCAUUUUACCAAGGCUAUAUACUUGAGGGCCACCCAGGAACCUCCGUAGCCACCUUUAUGAUGUUGUGCUUGUUCGUUGGGUGGUAUGUGUUGGCCCUCGUAAUGGUAGACACCACCGUCUCAAUUUUCGAUUACAUGUACUAUGCACUUUUCCAUUUGGUUGCUUAUAAAAGUCCGGACAUAUAG